AUGUCGUCUGCACCACAGCAGACUCCAGUAGAGGAGACGAAGACGCCAGAAAACUGGCAAAAGAUGAUCAAAGGCAAAACACCGUCCCAGUUCACAGACCCGUGUCAUGCGGCCGCCAAGGCAUCUUUCCGUUGUCUAGACGAGAAUAAUUACGACAGAGAUGCAUGUUUGCAGAUAUUUGCAGAUUACCGCGAAUGCAAAGCUGCCUGGAUAGAACAACGCCGAGCAGAUCGUCGUGCCGGUCGCGCAAAUUUCUGA